AUGACAUGUAUUACAAUAUUUGUAUCACUUCAUACUCAUCAUUGGAUACAAAAUAUUCAUGGAAACGAACAUCGAGGUAUUAAAAUGGCAUGUUAUGAUUAUGGCACUUUAUGUUAUAUAAGGAGUACUACUCAAGGAGGAAUAUUGUUUUUUUCUAUAAUCAGUUCAAUUAAUUUGAUAUUGGAAUUAUUAAAUAUUUUUCUUUUAUGCAAACGAAAACGUUCUCGUAUUAAUCUACUUUUAGAAGAACUAGCUAUUCUAACAACCUUAGUAUUUACAUUAUCUACUAUUAUCUUUAUUGUUGUUGGAUUUAUUGUAAUUAAAAGUAAUGCAGAUGAAAAAUUUGAUUGGUCAUUUAGUAUAUUUAUAUUAUCAUCAAUGUUAGGUUUUACUGAUUUAAUAUGUUCAUUAGUACGUGUGGUUUCAUAUUGCCGUGAUAAUUCAUUUCGUUCUACUUUAAUAACAUAUACAUUAAAUGAAAAUCACGGAAUGGUUCAAAUUCAAGCAUAA